AUGGGGUAUGGGGAACCCUCUCAAACUGGACAAGGCCUCCAUUUACGCCUCUACAGUCGUGCUUUUUUGAUCAAGUCCACCUCUGCUACCCGACCAAUUCUCUUCAUUAACUUAGAUGUUGGAAUGCCCUCACAGUUGUUGAAGAGCCAUGUGGUCCGCCUGCUACAGGCGUCCUUUGGUGCCAGCGUAUUUGAUCACCAGAACGUCAUGAUCUCAGCCACACACACACAUUCCGGUCCCGGUGGAUUCUUUCAAUAUCUACUCUUUGAUGCCACCUCUUAUGGAUUCUCUAAACCCACUUUUGAAGCUAUGGCCUCAGGCAUUCUUCAGAGUGUGAAGUUGGCUAACCAAUCACUGACACCAGGCCGAAUUUUGUAUGCUUCUGGCGACCUCUCCAAUGCCAGUAUCAAUCGCAGUCCCCUCUCCUAUCAACAAAAUCCGGCCAAAGAACGUAAACUCUACUCUCACGACGUCGAUCAGAGAAUGCUGCUCCUAAAAUUUGUCGCCAAAGAUGGUCGAGAACUGGGAAUUCUCAAUUGGUUCGCAGUGCACUGCACCAGUAUGAACAAAACAAACCGUCUUGUCAGUAGUGACAACAAGGGCUUGGCCGAAUUGCUCUUUGAACGAUGGAUAAAUGAUGCCAACACUGGUAAUGGUAUGAAGGGAGGGAAUUUUGUGGCCGCAUUUGCUCAAGCCAAUGAGGGUGAUGUCUCACCGAACACGCAGGGGGCAAGAUGCAUUGAUUCUGGGGCACCCUGUGAUCCUCUGACUAACGCCUGUGGUGAUGGGAGAGUUCAAAACUGCAUCGCUUUUGGACCAGGCGCUAAUGGAGAUAUGUUUGAAAGCACAAGGCUGAUUGCCCAACGUCAAUUUAAAAUGGCCAAACGUCUGUAUGCCGAAGCGAAGCAAGAAUUGAUUGGCGAAAAUGAUGCGAUCGUGGAUUUUCGCCAUCAGUUUGUCGAUAUGACUAAUGUCAAUGUCACUUAUGGACCCGAAAAAGGAGGCACCCCCACUAGAAGAACGUGCAAACCAGCACUGGGUUACAGUUUUGCCGCCGGUACUACAGACGGGCCCGGAAUAUCCGAUUUUACACAAGGUAAACGUUCAUACAUGCGAGUGGGUCAAAUUGAUCUAGAAGCUCUUAUUAAUGAUAGAAAGGGAAAUGAACCACAAGGGGUACCUCCAAACUUAAUAUCCCUUCUCUGUAUGUUGAAUAAAACCGCCUUCUGGGGAUUCCUCAGUUUUUUUUUGGCGAGACCCCCCAGAGAAAUGGUUGAAUGUCACGCCCCGAAGCCCAUCCUCAUUCCAACUGGUCUGAUGAACUACCCCCUACCUUGGCAUCCCAGUAUCGUGGAGACACAGGUCUUUCAAAUCGGUGAACUAAUAAUUGUCGGACUACCGGGCGAAUUCACCACGAUGGCUGGACGUCGGGUGGUUCGUGCUCUGUCUCAGGUUCUUCCCAAAGGCUCAAUCAUUGCUCUUGCAGGCCUCUCAAAUCUCUACACACACUAUGUGACAACGUUUGAAGAGUAUCAGAUUCAACGAUACGAAGGAGCCUCAACCAUAUUUGGUCCCCACACGCUACAGGCCUAUGUGGAACAGUUCGUAAAGCUCACCGAAGCCAUGAUUAACAAAAAGCUGCUAUCACCCGGUCCUCAACCACCCUUCCCGCUUAGCCGUCUACCAAGUUUCUCUCUUCCACCCUUCUACGAUGCUCACCCACCGUUUCGGAAGUUCGGCAGUAUCUGGAAGCCUCCCAAAGCCAUCUACAGCAAGUCCGACGGUAUCGUAGAAGUAAGUUUUGUCACCGGAGAUCCUAGGAAUGAUCUGCGCACAAACUCCACAUUCCUCACUGUUGAAAAACAACUCAAACCCCAUCAGUGGGAGGUGGUAUACACUGAUGCUGACUGGGAGACCAAAUUCAUAUGGAAACGCGUUUCACUCGGGUUUCAUGUAUCCGAGAUCCAGUGGACAAUUAAUUCACCAUUCAGAGGCUGCCAGCCUGGAACCUACCGAAUUCGACAUUUUGGGACGGCUAAAACAAUCUUCUCUGGAAUGCACGAUUUUCACGGUGAGACAGAAGCAUUCAAAGUCUUCUGUUAG